UAGCAAUCGCCAAUGAUAUAACUCAGUUCAAACAUUCGGCCUGACUCACCUAUUGGACCAUUACUUAUAAGCCUAUACUAUAUAUAACUAGCUAAGCAGCUACUCAAUUGUAAAGUAUAGAAUGUGAUAAUUAGUCGUAUAGACGAAGCGGGAUUUAUGUCCACCGCUCAGUCUAGUCUAAUACUAUAACCAACCUAUCCUUCAUUAUGGAUAGCGACAGUGAAGAAAGCUUCGAAGUGCCGAACGAUCGCAACCUCCAAGAUGAUAGCGAUGCCCCUCCGAGAGGACUUACUCGAUCGCAGGCUUUGAAUCUUUACGUUAGCCAUGCGUUUUCAACAUGGAACGCUCGUGGUUAUGAGUUCGCUGCUAUCCUCUUUACGGCGGCUGCAUAUCCCGAUACGCUCACAGCGGCAGCGCUCCGCAUGAUUAUCGUAUACUUCGCCAUGAUCCUUUUUUCGAGCUCCGUCGGACAGUGGGUUGAGCGGUCACCCAACCGGCUGCGGACUCUACUUUCAACCAUCCUGUGUAACCGCGGAUCUGUCAUUUUCGGAUCUUUCUUUUGGAUCCUAAUCCUAAGCCAAGAGGACUUGGUAGGUAGUGAGGCCGCCUUCAUCCUACCUACGAACGCUGCACUCAAGGGCCUGGGAUUCGCCGUCGCUGUUACGUUCGGCAUUAUUGAGCGUCUAAGUGCCUCCGGAAACCUCAUCUCUAUGGAGCGAGACUGGGUCGUCACCGUAGCAGCACCGGCAGGAAACCCGUAUGAUUUAACGCAUCUUAACGCCGUUAUGCGUCGCAUUGAUCUUGUGUGUAAACUGAUUUCGCCGAUUCUCAUCGCGGCCGUGAUUUCGGCCCUCGGAUCUAUCCGCCUUGGCGUCGUUUUUACGGGUAUGACAAGUCUCAUCAGCAUACCUAUUGAGAUAUUCUCCGCGAAGCGGGUAUGGAAUAGCAGUCCCUUACUGCAAGCACGCCGAGCGGCGCCUCCGCCAAAUCCUACUUCGGCGGCGCAUGGAACUCCGAGGUCGUGGGUUGCGAAAACGCGGCAGUAUUUCCAUGGCUUCGAGAUGUACUUUAGUACCUCCGUGUGGAUACCGUCGGCCGCACUGGCGCUGCUGCAUUUUAAUAUGUUGACUUGGAGGGCAACUUUUAUUACUUACUUGAUUAAUAUCGGUUACUCGCUUAAUACUAUUACGAUUGCUAGGGCUAUUGGGUCUGUGUUUGAGAUUAGUAGUACGGUUAUUACGCCUCGGGGUAUUGAGUACAUGGGGAAGGCGCAUCAUCAUUCUUCGGCGGCGGAGGAACCCGAUGAGGCGGGAGUGGGUUUAAUCGCCGGUAAUCAAGAAGGGAACCGGGAUGUGCAGACGCUCAUCGGGUUGCAACGAUUCGGACUUUGGGGUAUGAGUUGGCAGGUCAUUAAUACGUUCCCGGUCGUCUUAGCGCUGUGGGCUAUCUCGGCGCAGCGGGACGAAACGGAGUUCCUAACUGCCGUCUCUCGAAGAAUAAUCGGCGAACAAGCUUCACCUAAUAUAGGGUGGAGUGUUGUCCUUUUCUCCUUCCUUGCCUGCUCCCGGCUCGGGGUGUGGGUCUUCGACCUAACGACUCAGCAACUAACGCAGACCCUAGUCCCGGCGCAUCAGCGCUCUAGCUUCGCCGGUACGGAAGCCUCCGUCGUUAACGUAUUUGAGUUACUCGGCGCCGGUGCCGCUAUCGCCUUCCCCCGCACGGAUCAAUACCGAUGGUUAGCUCUCGCAAGCCUCAUAACGGUAGUAAUUAGUUGGAUUAUGUACGCUGCUUGGGUACGCCAUCGGAGAGGUCAUCUCGUGCAUUGGGAGAAACUCGCUCAGGGAUUUUGCGUGAGAGGGGGUAGUUGGUGAGGCGAUCACUGACUGGAUUAAAAAGUGAAUUCGUACGCCGAGGAUUGAAGGGGAAGACGGGUCGGACGAAGCGAUGCGUCAGUAAAAUUCGAUGAGUUGUCACGGCGAGAGUCACCAUACAUAGCGUCAAGUUACUCUAGCUACAGAGGGACACCUGUAAAUCAUGUUGG